UACUUUUCUCCGUGUGCCUCUCUUCCUGGUUGCAUGGCCGUGGUGGACGCUAGGCGUCAGAAACCAGGUUCCUCGACGCUCAUAGGAGACUCAACUUGGUGAAAGCCUUCGCCGCGUCUUCUGUUCAGUGGUUCUGCUGGACUUAUCCGUCGAGAUCCCCUUCUAAAGACGUCGUUGAUGAAAGCAACACACGAUCGGACAGAGGAUUCAUACGUUUUACAAUUUGAUCCCAGUUUUGCAGAUCGCUGUGGCAGAACAUUCCUGCGUGGGAAGAACACUAGAAGAAAGAACCAAAUAUCUGAGAGCUGACACGCCCGCCUGCAACACGCUCUGCCGGGGACACGGUUCUCCCGACGGCUCUCUGGGUCUCGCGUCCCAUUUCGAGAACCAUAGUCCAAACUGGACAGGCUGGUGUUGAGCGUCUCUGUGCUGUGGAAUGGCUCUUCUCACCCUGCACAGAACACCUUCUGUCUCCACCGCGCCUGAUGAAAGCAUCCCUAGGAGAGGAAAUCUACAGAAAAGGGAGAGCUUCGCAUGGGUCAAGGGGGUUGUCCUUCUGCUGGAAGAGGGAGAGAGGGAGGGGUCCAAUGAGGGUCUCUCGCCCGAUCGCAGCCCCUCUCCCAAGCCGGAGGGGGGGCCGCCGCCAGACACGCGCCACAGACACCUCCAGGCCAUGGUCUCGCUGCUCAGACCCGAGGACACCGUCAAACUGGCGGUCCAGCUGGAGUCUUCAAGUCCGGUACGGGUCCGCUACCUGAUAGUGAUCUCCACCUGUAGUAACAAACAUGAGAGCGUCCUGCUGGGAAUGGACUUCCCCAAGGCAGACAGCGACGAGUGCACCAUCGGGUUGGUGCUGCCGGUGUGGAGCGACACCCAGGUUUACCUGGACGGAGACGGCGGAUUCAGUGUGACCACGGCAGAGGAGACCAGAAUCUUCAAGCCUGUGUCUAUCCAGACCAUGUGGUCGGUCCUACAGGCCCUGCACGGCUGCUGUGAGCGGGCGGUGAAGGGAGCGGUGAUCCCCGGCUGCGGGCUGGACUGGGCCGCCCACUACCAGCGCUACGUGGAGUCGGACCGCUACUGCCUCAACGAGUGGGAGGCCAUGAACGACCUGCAGUCGAUGCGCAAGGAGAGCGAAGGACAGGGGUUCUCCCAGCGCUCCUCCAUCGAGGCCCAGAUCAAGGACCACCUCCGGGACAUCAUGAGGACAGAGGACCUGGACAACCUGACCUCCAAGAUGGUUCGGACCGGUCUGGAGACCAGGAUGAACAUGGACAUGAUGGCCUACAGGGAGUACAUCGACAAUGAGAUGAUGGUCACCUUCGCCCAGAUGGACAAACCCUCCCGGAUCUUUGACUACCUUUACCUGGGCUCAGAGUGGAAUGCUGCCAACUUUGAGGAGCUGCAGAAAAACAAUGUGGGCUACAUCCUCAACGUGACUCGGGAGAUCGACAACUUCUUCCCCGAGGCGUUCACCUACAUGAACAUCAGGGUGUACGAUGUGGAGGCCACCGACCUGCUACCCCACUGGACCGACACCUACCAGUUCAUCAACACCGCCAGGAAGAGCGGGCAGGCGGUGCUUGUGCACUGUAAGAUGGGCGUGUCCCGCUCAGCGUCCACAGUCAUCGCCUACGCCAUGAAGCAGCAGCGGUGGCCCGUGGACGAGGCGCAGGCCUACGUACGGGAGUGCCGGCCCAUCACCAGGCCCAACGACGGCUUCGCCCGGCAGCUGCAGACCUACAACGGCAUCCUGAACGCCAGCCAGCAGCGCCACAGCGCCCUCUGGCGGCGGAAGUCAAGAGAUCAGAGAAAUUUGUCACUUCACAAGGAGGACGAACCAGAAGCCGAAAGAGAUAGCCAAGGGGACGAGGGAGAGGAGGAUUUUGAAGAGGAAGAUACUGAUGAGGACGAAGAAGAAGAGGAGGAGGAGGAGAUACCUGAUAUUGUUGGCAUUGACAAAGUAUUUGAGGACCAGCCUGCAACCAAUCAGGAGCCUUCGCUAAUGGAAGCCCCUGCCCCAGCAGCUGCCACUCCCAAUCCCAAUCCCAAUCCCAAUCCUACGAUCACAGUGCAGGACAGUGACAAGACGGUCCUGAACCGAAGCGGGAGGAUGAACCUCUUCUCUCUGAUGCAGUCCAUCAGCGAGCUGGACGACGACAAGUUACCCAGCAGCCCGCGGCGAUCUCCGAUGCAACGGAGGCGGAGCCAGGCGCGGAAGGGCCUGACUCACCAGAGAGCCUGUGUGGACGUUUCCCCCGAGCCCCGCAGCCAAUCAGAGAAGAGGAUACAGGAUGCGGAUGGGAAAAGCAUGUGAUUGGUUGAACGGAAGAGAGAAGGAGAGUGUUGAUCGAGGGAUUCACUCAAAUAC